CUGCCUCCGCUUGUGCCAAGCUUUAGGGGACUCGUAAGCUCCCGAGGAGCGGCGGCGGCGGCGGCGGCGGCAGGAGGAGGGAGCAAGCCUUGUGCGCCCUCAUUGUUUAUGUGAUGAGCGGGCCUGGCUUCUCUUUGCCGUCUGCCGCCGGCUGACCAGAAGGCUGCGGAAAGCGAGGCGGGGGGAGACCGGGCAAGGGACGAGAGGGAGCAGAGGCGGCUCCUGCCCCCGCCGCCGUGCCGUGCCGUGCCGCGGGUGACCUUGGCCCAGGAGAGGCAAAUUGCUGUGCAGAAGGUUUGCCAGCAGGCCAAACUAUUAAGACAUGGCACAAGGGAAUAACUACGGACACAGCAGCAACGGGGUGGCUGACGAAUCCCCAAAUAUGUUGGUGUACAGAAAGAUGGAAGAUGUCAUAGCCCGUAUGCAAGAUGAGAAGAAUGGGAUUCCCAUUCGUACAGUCAAAAGCUUUCUUUCUAAGAUUCCGAGUGUCUUCUCCGGUUCAGACAUUGUUCAGUGGUUAACAAAACAUUUAUCUAUAGAAGACCCAGUGGAAGCCCUUCAUUUGGGGACGCUAAUGGCAGCCCAUGGUUAUUUCUUUCCUAUCUCAGACCAUGUUCUAACACUGAAGGAUGAUGGCACAUUUUAUCGGUUCCAAACACCCUAUUUUUGGCCAUCCAAUUGUUGGGAGCCGGAAAACACAGAUUAUGCGGUUUACCUCUGCAAGCGAACAAUGCAAAACAAAGCACGGCUUGAGCUAGCAGACUAUGAAGCAGAGAGCUUGGCCAGGUUACAGCGAGCAUUUGCACGGAAAUGGGAGUUUAUUUUUAUGCAAGCAGAAGCACAAGCAAAAGUGGACAAGAAAAGAGACAAGAUAGAGAGGAAAAUCCUUGAUAGCCAGGAGAGAGCAUUUUGGGAUGUACACCGGCCAGUGCCUGGAUGUGUAAAUACUACUGAAGUGGAUAUUAAAAAGUCUUCAAGAAUGAGAAAUCCUCAUAAAACGAGAAAGUCUGUCUAUGGAUUACAGAAUGAUAUUCGAAGUCACAGUCCCACACACACACCCAUACCAGAAGCUAAACCGCCAACAGAAGAAGAAUUGCAUGAAGAGAUAAAAUAUUGGCAAAUACAGCUAGACAGACAUCGGUUAAAAAUGUCAAAGGUUGCAGAAAGUCUAAUAGCUUAUACUGAGCAGUAUUUGGAAUAUGACCCAUUUCUGGUGCCACCUGACCCUUCUAAUCCUUGGUUGUCAGAUGAUACUACUUUCUGGGAAGCAGAAGUAAGCAAAGAGCCAAAUCAGCAAAGAGUAAAGCGAUGGGGGUUUAGCAUGGAUGAAGCCCUGAAAGACCCCGUGGGAAGAGAGCAGUUCCUCAAAUUCUUGGAAUCUGAAUUCAGCUCAGAGAAUUUAAGGUUCUGGUUAGCAGUAGAAGAUUUGAAAAAGAGACCAAUGCGGGAAGUCCCUGCCAGAGUACAAGAAAUCUGGCAAGAAUUUCUUGCCCCUGGAGCACCGAGUGCCAUUAACCUAGAUUCAAAAAGUUAUGACAAAACAACACAAAAUGUGAAGGAACCAGGGCGGCAUACAUUUGGCGAUGCUCAGGAGCACAUCUACAAAUUGAUGAAAAGUGAUUCAUAUCCACGUUUUCUACGAUCCAGUGCCUACCAGGAACUACUACAGGCCAAGAAGAAGUUGGGAAACACACUGGAUCGCCGAACAUCUUUUGAGAAAUUCACACGCAGUGUGGGAAGAAACAUCCCAAUUUUCCCAUGCCAUAAAAACUGUACACCGACACUGAGGGCGAGCACUAACCUGUUAUGAAAAGAGGGGAAAUCGCUCACAUCAAAGAGAUUAACCAGUCUAGUGCAGUCCUGCUAAAAGGAUCACCUUGUAGCAUGGAAGCAGACUCAAUCAUGAUAUGUACUUUGUAGCUCCCUAAUUGCCUGAAAUCAGAGGACAAUAGAACAAGAUGUUGCAUGAGCAAGGACCUGACUUGUUUUCUUUUGUGUAUGUCAAGGCAUUACAGACUCCAAGGGACCUGCUAAUCUUUCGAUGCCUCCAUUUUGAAAACUCUGCUCACUUUCGCCUUCAUAUCAAGCUGGAUCUGUGUC